AUGGCACUCUCCAAAGAACCUCAACAAACGAACAGAUUCUCAAAAUACACGUGGACAAUACCAGACAUCAUACGACCCAGAAUACAAAGUGAUAUUUUCUACGUAGAUGGCGGAAGUGACAGCAAACAAUUCACAAUGUGGCGAAUUUUGGUAAAAAAAUACCCGUAUUUUGAAGACUAUGCAAUCAAUGAAAUCAAGAUUGCUCUUGAACCAAUUCGCACUCUCGAGGAGAUAAAUAGCAACAUUUUUUCAAGGGGGCUGUCAUACGAAAUCAGAGCUUUUGAUGAAGACACAGGUGUAAUGUUGGGAAAUAUCAGAAAACAAGAGCAAUGGUUUGACCUUGCAACGGAUCCACAUUACGAGACCAUUAUCACGGAAACUCGUGUCCCCUCGAUAAAAUUGAAAUUAAUCAUUUAUCACAAGAAUGACCAAAACAACCUUGAACGAAUCCAAGCUGAUCCUGAAAUUUACGUUGCAAGCCAUUUCAACAAUCAAAAGUUUGCUGACAUCGAGUUCGUCUUUGAGCACGGCAACAAAAUCUAUGCUCAUAAAUUGAUCCUUGCUGCGAAUUCCCAUUAUUUCGAUAAGAUGUUUAACGGAGAAUGGGAAGAAUCAAAAGCAAAACAAAUCCCUGUGAAUCAUGUUUCCUUUGAAACGUUUUACGCGCUCGUUCAAUUUCUUUAUACGAAAAAUUUGCCGGAAACUAUUUCAAGUCAAACUCUUCUUUUUGAGCUAUACUCGGAGGCACACAUCCAUGCUAUCCCUGCGCUUCUGAAAGCAGUCAGCAAACGCUUGAGGGAAUCUGUUAAUAAAGAAAAUUGGGAUUCAUUAUUUAUGCUUGCGAGGAAAUAUGAUGAUUAUGAAUUGAAAGCUGCAACCUUGCGUUGUUGCAUUAUGAAUUGGAGUGAAGCCGUUGAUGAAUUGAAGUUGAAGAACAUCUUGGAGGAUGAAGGAAUUGACGGUCUUGAUGAACUUUUUCGCACAAAGAAUUUAGGAGUUGGAAUUUGA